AUGGACACUGGCAUCAUUGGUCCAGUGACAGUUAUGGAUGGGUUUGUUGAAAAGUUCGGCAAUCAGUCUGCAACGAUACACGGUCUGCUGGUGUCUUCGAUCUUGAUUCCUGCCGCCCUCUCCUCGUUCUUUGCUGGAUAUUUAGCAGACAAAUUUGGGCGCCCCAAAGGGAUUAGCAUAGGAACCCUGAUAUUCGGGCUUGGUGCAGCACUUGAAGCCGGUGCUACUCAUGUCUCCAUGUUUGUCGUCGGGCGUUGCAUUGAGGGUAUAGGAGAGGGCUUGUACUUGGGUACAUUGGUUGUAUAUAUUUGCGAGAUUUCGCCUCCUAAUGUCAGGGGGACGUUGACGACUGGCCCGCAGUUACUGAUUACUCUAGGCCUUGUAGUUGGAUUCUUCACAUGUUACGGCACUGCUCGGAUCCAAUCCUCCAUGUCAUGGCGGACCCCAUUUCUCAUUCUGGCUUGUCUUUCCGUCGUGUUUUCCGUGGUUGCACUCACAUGGCUCGUUCCAUCUCCAAGGUGGCUCACCAUUCAUGGCCGCAAAGCUGAGGCCAAUGCGGUCUGGGAUCUGCUGGGCGUUAGCCAUGCAGAACGAGAAAAAAGUGAAAUCGAACAAGACAGAGGAUCCAUCAUUCAGGGCCCAGUCUCUCAAGAAGUUGCUGUGACCAAUGUGCCGAGUAUUGAUACCACGGUGACAGCGGUACAAGAGGGUAGCCGAUCCAUGAAACAUAAGCUGUUUGAUAUUUUCUCCAAGGAUGUCCGGUCACGUACAGCUCUUGCUGUGUUUUUGAUGGCAAUGCAGCAGCUAAGCGGGAUAGAUGGUGUUCUUUACUAUGCUCCCCUACUCUUCGAGCAAGCAGGGCUCGCAUCGGCAGAUGCCAGCUUCUUCGCGUCCGGUGUCUCAGCCCUCGUUAUUUUCACAGUGACCAUUCCAGCCCUAAUCUGGGCCGAUAAAUGGGGCCGUCGGCAUAGCGUCAUAUACGGCGGCGUUGGUAUUAGUCUCACCAUGUUUCUAAUGGGCGCACUUUAUGCAGGCAAAGCAGUGCACAGCUCAACUGGGGCAGGGCGCUGGGUCGUCAUUGUCUCUAUUUAUAUCUUCGCUGUGAUAUUCUCCCUAAGCUGGGCUGUCGGCAUCAAGAUUUAUGCCGCCGAAAUUCAACCGCAAAGGACCCGCGCCUCAGCUACCAGUCUAGCGCACGGCAGCAACUGGGCCACAAACUUCCUUGUCGCUCUUACCACACCAAUUCUGCUAUCCAAGAGUAGCUUUGGGGCUUAUUUUCUUUUUGGUGGGUGUUCAUUGAUCACGGCUGCGGUCUGUGCUUUCUAUAUGCCCGAGACCAAGGGUCGGUCGUUGGAUGAGAUCGAGGACGCAUUCAAAUCCAAGACGGUGAAAACCUGGUCAUUUAUGAAGACUGUUCGACCGAUCGCCCGGAGAGCGCCUGAAAAUAUUAGAAUGCCUGUGAUCUAA